AUGGAAAGAACUACUCGUCAAAUUAUCCAUGAUAUCACCCAUCAUCCCCAAGUUCCCUAUGGCUCUAUUGCCUCCACAUACAACCUCAGUGAACCCACCAUCCGCCGCAUUGCGGCCAGACAUGGUCUCCACCGCCGAGUCAUGCGCCGUACCCCUUUCUUACGCCCACAAGCAAUCAAAAAGCGGAUCAAUUGGGCAAAGGAUAAUGUAGGACAGGAUUGGAGUCGAGUUAUCUUCACAGAUGAGAUGUCUUUGGAGUUGAGACUUGCAAGGCGUGCUUAUACAACUUGA